UCCUUGGUUUACUUCCUUUCGUCUUUUGAUUACAACGUUAGGGCAUAUUUGGUUUAAUUUUUUAAAAAACAAUUCUCAAGAACUUAAAAAAUAAAAAAUAAUUUUAAACUAUAAAAGACUAAUCUAAAAAUAGAGGUCUUGCUUGGAAUGUGAAUUUAAAAAUAAUUUUCUAUUUUCGGGGUGACAAAAUAACUGUUUUUAGUUUGCUUGGAUGUGUUUUUUAAAAAUAGUUUUUACAAAGAGUUGGGGUGUUUUAGAGAACUACAACAUGUAGCUCUGGGAGUUUUGGGAAUAAGUUUUUGAAAAUUAGAAAACUUGGAGAUUUAUCCCCUCUUUAGAAAGCAUAGAAAGCAUGCUCGUUUCAAAUUGUACCUAUUAUAUCUCCUUCACCCAACCCUCACUGCCUUCUCUCGUUGAGCCGCACAUCCCUCUCUCUUUCUCUACCUAGAAAUCAGCCCUUUAAUAGACUUCCGCUCAAGCAUCUUCUCUCGCCUCAGCUGCUUGCACUUGCGUUUUCAAGUGACAAUGUUGAUCAAGCUCUUCAGCCGUGUUAACCAAGGCUUCGGAUUUGGGCUUGCUGGGCUGAUCCUUACUUCUUCGGCCAAAUGAAUGCCUGGGGUGUUUCUUCUGUGCUUUUGAGUAAUUGACAUGUCCUGGGCUUCUUUCUUCGGUCCAAUGCAUUUGGCUGGCCCUAUUAUUUGGUUUGCUGCCAUGUGGCAAUUUCGUUGGAGAGUCAUGACACAAGCAAAUAGUAAGAGCAAAAGUGAGAAAUUCUCACCUCCACAUCAGGAUGCAGCAGUCGGAUCCCCUCGGGAUGAAUCACAUAAUGGCCCGGUGUCAUUUGGUCCACAUGACACUUCCUUUAGCUCAUCCAUUUUCGACCCAAAAUCUUCGGUGUUUGUUAAAAGUUCCGAAGCCAUGAGUAGGCCUUCCAAGAGCAGGAAACCCAAGAGAGAGGAACCUAAUGUGGCACCAUCUCGGAGGUUUAUUCGGUCAUUCAUUCCGUCCUCGAUUGGGCUGGCAAUGGAUCUGAGAUUCAAGGGUAAAGAAUCAGUUUCGGAGGGUUUUGGCAGCCGGAGGUAGAGAAAUGUGACGGGAAAGUUACUAACGUUUUUUGUAUUGGGUUCUUCAAAUGCAUUUUUGCUCAUCAAUAUUUUUCCCAUUUAUUCAACUUUGUCAUUAUAAGUGCUUGGUGCAAAAUCCACACGAGGAACCCCGUAGACUUGUGGUGUAUAAUUUACAAAAUGAAAUGCCACGUGUGCUGUACAGUUCUUGAAA